AAUCAAUCAAGCGAAUUAUGGUACAUGCGAGAACUUUCUUUUACUACUUCAACCAUCGUCCUUUCUGGUCGGAUAUGCCUGAUUGGACAACUUCUAGCCACGCUUAUGAAAUUCCAUAUGUGUUUGGAGAACCAUUUCACGAUUCAUUGUUAGUCUUCAGCGAGGCUGGUGAAGUUCUCAGUAGACAAAUGAUGACUUACUGGGCUAACUUUGCAAAAACUGGGGAUCCAAAUGGAAAUGGACUUCCAGCAUGGCCCGAAAUGAAUUGCUCAUCAACAGAUUAUCUGGAGCUUGUGCCGAAUCCGAGAACAGGGGAGCGUUAUGAGCCGGAGAGAAUGACAAUCUGGAUGGAUACAAUCCCAGCUUUGGAUACAUAUCGCAGUGGAACUUACAGAGGGAUGCCAUGGGCGUGUCCCUUAUAAAACACAGAUAGAAAUACUAGAUAUAGUAUAUCUUGCCAAGACUCAAUCACAUAUGAAUAUACAUGUACAUAGAAUUUAUAUGAGAAUAAAAUAUACAUAUGCGCUAUGAA